CCGGCCCGAGCGCGGCCCGUGCGAGGCCCCCAUCCCACCUGUCCGGCUAGGUGAGGGCGCGCGCGGGCGAGGAGCGCGGUGCGGGGGGACGCAAAAGCAGAAUUACCUGUAGCUCUUGUUCUGCCAUCUCGGGCGCGCUCACACACCUUCACCUGCACAGACCUGAAAGUCCAGUUUCUCCAGAGGCUGAGGCUCCAGGAAAAGGGGAGCGAGUUCAUUGGAUCAAACAUGUCACAAGAGUCGGACAAUAAUAAAAGACUAGUGGCCUUAGUGCCAAUGCCCAGCGACCCUCCGUUCAACACCCGAAGGGCUUACACCAGUGAGGAUGAAGCUUGGAAGUCAUAUCUGGAGAACCCUCUGACAGCGGCCACCAAGGCCAUGAUGAGCAUCAAUGGUGAUGAGGACAGUGCUGCUGCUCUCGGCCUGCUCUAUGACUACUACAAGGUUCCUCGAGACAAGAGGCUGCUGUCUGUAAACAAAGCAAGUGAGAGCCAAGAGGACCAGGAUAAAAGGGGCUGCGUGGGCGCCGGCGAGCCCGUGGGCGGCGCGGGCGUGGAGAGCCGCGUGCAGGUGCUGAAGACGGUGCCCGUGAACCUGAGCCUCAGCCAGGAGCCCGCCGACAGCAAGCGCGAGCCCUUCGCGGCCGAGGGCGCCGCCGUCAUCCCCGUGUCCGGCAUCGCCGUGGUCAAGGCCGAGGACUUCACGCCCGUCUUCAUGGCGCCGCCGGGCCACUACCCGCGCGGGGACGGCGACGACCAGCGCGUCGUCAUCUUCGAGCAGGCGCAGUACGACCUGCCCACGCUGGCCGCGCACGGCGCCUACCUCAAGGACGACCAGCGCAGCACGCCCGACAGCACCUACAGCGAGGGCUUCAAGGACGGCGCCGCUGAGAAAUUCCGGAGUGCUUCCGUUGGGGCUGAGGAGUACAUGUACGACCAGACAUCAAGUGGCACAUUUCAGUACACCCUGGAAGCCACCAAGUCCCUCCGCCAGAAGCAGGGGGAGGGCCCCAUGACCUACCUCAACAAAGGACAAUUCUAUGCCAUCACACUCAGCGAGACCGGGGAUAACAAGUGCUUCCGACACCCCAUCAGCAAAGUCAGGAGCGUGGUGAUGGUGGUCUUCAGUGAAGACAAAAACCGGGACGAGCAGCUGAAAUACUGGAAGUACUGGCACUCUCGGCAGCAUACAGCCAAGCAGAGAGUCCUUGACAUUGCUGAUUACAAGGAGAGCUUCAACACUAUCGGAAACAUCGAAGAGAUCGCGUACAACGCCGUUUCCUUCACUUGGGACGUGAACGAAGAGGCCAAGAUUUUCAUCACCGUGAACUGUCUGAGCACAGACUUCUCCUCCCAAAAAGGGGUGAAAGGACUUCCUUUGAUGAUUCAGAUUGAUACCUACAGUUACAACAAUCGCAGCAAUAAACCCAUUCAUAGGGCGUAUUGCCAGAUCAAGGUCUUCUGUGAUAAAGGUGCAGAAAGGAAGAUCCGAGAUGAAGAGAGGAAGCAGAACAGGAAGAAAGGGAAGGGCCAGGCCCCCCAGGCCCCAUGUAACAACUCCUCUGACGGGAAGUUGGCCGCCAUACCUUUACAGAAGAAGAGUGACAUCACCUACUUCAAGACCAUGCCCGACCUGCACUCGCAGCCCGUGCUCUUCAUUCCCGACGUUCACUUUGCAAACCUGCAGAGGACCGGACAGGUGUACUACAACGCGGACGAGGAGCGAGAAGGCAGCAGUGUCCUCGUCAAGCGGAUGUUCAGGCCCAUGGAGGAGGAGUUCGGCCCAGCGCCUGCCAAGCAGAUGAAAGAAGAAGGCGUAAAGCGAGUGCUGCUGUACGUGCGGAAGGAGACGGACGACGUGUUCGACGCGCUGAUGCUCAAGUCCCCCACCGUCAAGGGCCUGAUGGAAGCGAUAUCCGAGAAGUACGGGCUGCCCGUGGAGAAGAUCGCAAAGCUUUACAAGAAAAGCAAAAAGGGCAUCCUGGUGAACAUGGACGACAACAUCAUCGAGCACUACUCCAACGAGGACACCUUCAUCCUCAACAUGGAGACCAUGGUGGAAGGCUUCAAGGUCACGCUCAUGGAAAUCUGAGGCCUGGGCGCAGCACCCCUGCAGGAGCCCUGCACGCUCCUCGGAGGAGAUGGGCCCUGGCCGGAACUGGAGCCCACCCCACCCGUCAUCUCACAACUGCUGUUACAUGACUGCGACCUUGCUGGGACCCAAGGCGCGGCCAGGACCCAGCCACCGCCCCCCGGGCUCUUGAAUCCUUAUUUAUUGCCACCUCUCCGGAGCCCGGGUCCAGCCCACCCAGGCUCUGCAGGUCAUUGCUGGCUCCGCAGGAGACAGCCCACAGUCCCCCUCUGAGGGAGACAGCCAGUCCUCACGUCCCCAGAGCUGGAAACUCCUCGUUCCCUUUCUCACUUCGUGCAGUUCCUGAUGCCUGACCAAGUAGCUGCGCCUGGAGCAGUGGUCACGGGGGUCACGGGUGGACGCCCCCACCCUGACACAAACUUGGGGCUGCUUUAGGGGGUCAUCUUGCUAAACCCCUUCAUUGAGCAGCUCUAGGCCUUGUCCAGGGAAACGUUGCUCUCCUGGAGGUGGGGAGGAGCUUAAAGCGUCACCCGAUGGUUGUGUACAUAGUGUGUAUAAAUGGCUGUAAUAUAUUUCACCUGGGGAUUCGGGGCUCACUUCCUGCACCUGCUCAGAACUCACGCCGGGGCCUGGGGGCUGUGACGGAGCCAAGAUAGACUCGCCCUGGGGGCAUCUGGGGUACUGAGCGCCGCCACUCAGGGCUGUCACACAUCCCAGCUCCUCCUCCGGUUUCGUCUGGGGCUCUGCGAUGGGCCAGCUGCAAGGCCUCCCAGCCGUCCUGGACACUUUGGGUGCUGCGCAGCGCCUGGCAUCUUGCAUGGUGUCCUCCAUCCUUUGCACCAAGCCUGGCUUCCUCCUGUGCCGGGGACCGCAAAGGGCAGCUGCCUGCACGCAGUUCUGGGGAGCUGGGAAGCAGGCUGCCCAGAAGAGGGGAGAGCGCCCCGCAGAGAACUCCUGGAACUCAGCAGUUCAGUGGUUUGCCUGCACCCGCUGGGCCGAACCCUUCGGUUUGGAGGACGCCAGACACAUCCCCCUCUGCGUGCCGCCUGAGGACAGGCUCCGUGGGAAGUACGGAUGGGUUGGUGAAGCACUUUGCCUCCCCUGGCAUCUGCACUACAAGACUCCGCCCUCGCCACCGUGUGCCCCAGGCCUGAACAGGAGCCAGGCCAUCACCAGCCCGGCCAGCCCAGCCGGUGGCCCCCAGGCUGUGAAGGAGUUGAAUGGGAUGGAGAGCAGGUGACACUGGGGCUGUGUGAGCUUGGGACCCGUCACCUCUCCCCGUGGCACCGCAAGUCUGCCACCUGGGCUCAGCUGUGCUCCCACUGUCCCCCAGAGCAGCUCUCAGGGCCAGCCUGGGGCCCUGCGGGGCUCAGGUCUAGGAUGGACACGUUCCGUGCUGGAAGUCUGUGGGAGCCUGCACCUCCUGUGCCCCUGGGGUUAGGAAUCGGUUCGGAUGGGACGGGCAGGCCCGAGGCUAGAGCUCAGGGCUCCGGAGUAGGGAAAGACCACGUGUGGCAGCCGGACACAAGACACGGGCUGGAGAGACCCAGUCCCUUCGGGAACUGCGGCUCUGUCUGAGGCAGAAGACAGAUGGGAGACGCUUCUGCCUCUGUGGUGACCAUUGCCAGAACAAAGGUGACGAGGCCGAUGCCACCAGGGGUGGUGGGGAGUGUCGCCCCACCCCCUCGUCUCACCCACGUCCUCAGAGUGCCCACAGUGAGCUUCGGUGACCCCUUCCCUGUGCAAGUGAGCAGAGCUGUGAUCAAAACUUCCCAAGGAAAACACUCCGGGAGGAGGACAACUUCCUUCCUCUUUUCCUUGUCCCUUAGUCACUCCCAAAUGAGUAAGCUUUUCUUGGCAGUGCAUAAGAGGUGGGGGACGCGUAAGCAGCCUUGCUCUUCCGCACCCCCAGCUCAGGCCGCACGAGCGCUCAUAAGCUGGGACUGGCAGGAAGAGGCACGCGGACGUCGUCUUGGAGUCAGUUCCUGAAAGACGGAGCUGCGUCGCAGCCCAGGCGGGCGCGGAGUGUGAAGUGAGUCAGGCAUUUAUUUUCCUCCUUAUUUAACAUGAUGAAAAAGCAACAGAAACAGAGGGUUUGUGCCAAAUUCUGAGAAUGGCCCUUUCUUGAAGCUGAGCAAGAGAGACUUGCAUAUGUACAGUUUGCUCUCGCAGUAAAAAGAAAAGGUAAAUGUAACUUAAUAGUUUUGUAAAUGGGAGAGGGGAAAUCUAUAAACUAUAAAUACAGUUAUUUUAUUUUUUGUACAUUUUUAAGAAGAAAAUAAAUAUUCAUAACAUAA